CUUACACCCUCCCCUCAUCCAGCUGAAGCCGAUCAAAGGUCCGUUUCCAGCCCGGGUCUGGCCCUAGCGCAGGGCUCCGCGCACGUUUACAGCAGCACAAGCACAUUGUGGAUUAAGUGUGAUCCUAACCCGAUAACAUCUAUAUAACAGAUGGCCCCGGCUGCCUUUAUCACGAGAUGUUUUCAGACUCUGCGAGGGUUAAUUGAAACAGCAUGGCCUUGAAGGCAGGCCUCUCCCCUCUCUCUGCUCUCUCUCUCUCUCUUUUUUUUUUUUUUUUUCUCCCCCUUUACUGGCAAAAAGCUGCAGAGGAAUCCAGAUGAUAAUCACCGGGGAGUGGAUGUUGGGACAUUGUAAAACUUACGCGAGGCGGAUUUUUAAUUUUUAAUUUAUUUUUUUGGUGAUUUUAUUCACUUGUUACAAAAGUGAUGCAAACAAAUCCCCAACGAGGAGGAGUUUGCUAUAAAUUUAACUCCACUUCGCCUCCCUCCUCCCCUCCACACACACGCCUCCUUCUCCUCUCCCGUCUUCUCCUUUUUGGUGUUUAAAUUUUAAACCCACAUCAGCAAUUACACCCACAAACCACACCAGUGCCAAAGUCUCACAGCGAUAGGCACAGAGCCAGCAGUGACAUCAGGGCUCAACAGCUGAUGUCAUUGGUGGCAGAGGUGAAGAGCUUUUUUUUUUUUUCUUUCUUUCUUUUUUCCUGGUCCUUCUCGUGGAAGAGCUGCACCAGAGUUGACCCUAAAAGCCCCAGCCUUAAGAGAGUUACCACUGUUUGAAUCAAGGCUGGAGUUUAUGUGACACCAGAGCAGAUGGAGCAGUGAUUGAUUCAUGUGAUAGUGUGUCCUGCCCCGGAGCGACACUUCAUUACACUACUACUACUGCAGGAGGUAUCAGAUGUUUUACUGUGUGUGAAGGAGUAUGAAGACAUGCGCUCGUGUCGAUUAGAAGGUGUUGAUGGAAACGCAAAGCCUCGCAAAAGUGCUCAAACGUAGUGAUUUGUGUCAUAUUUUGACCACAAACUCCAAUCUGUUUGGAUUUGAUGCGAUGCACCAACAUUGACCCCCUAACAGGUGAGUAUGUCAAAGAUCCAGACAAAAAUCUAGAAUGGAGGAUCUCUCCCCUCCUCUCAAAAGUAUGCAGCUAAAUGUGGGGUGCUUGCACGCCACACUGUUCAGAUUUCCACCUUUUAAAACUAAUGCUCCCUCCGGUCCAAACUUCUGCACUACUUCUCUGCUCUGCAGUUGUUCCCACUGCCGCGUGUGGGCGGUGCUCCAGCCUGACGAAUCGCUUCUCUGUUUAAAUAGUCAAGUUUCCUCCUUCGCUCACAUCUCUCUUUAACGCCAUGUUGGCUGUUAUGGCUUGACUUGUUUUCAUCAGGCUUUUUACUACGAACCUGACAGAAGUGUGGUUGCGUGAAGAAGAAGAAGAAAAAAAAAAGAAGAAAAAACACCCCCCUUUCCGGAGACCAUUCCGUUUUUUUAAAUUUUUUUUAUUAAGGCGUAAUUUGGAUGAUAGGCGCAGAGGAUGCAUGCGUAGUUCGUGACAUUGUAUUUGGAGGGAAUACUACUUUGGAAUAGCAGUUUUUAAAGGGACCGACACCUUGUUUUUUUUUUUGUCCUUUUUCUUUCCUUUCCUUUUGCUGCGGGUUUUUCCCCCCACUUCUCUCUCGUCAUAUAUGUGCAACAACAUGUCAGACGUUCGCCUCUCUAACGCGAGCCCCACGGUAGAGCGGGUGGACGCGCGGCCGCCGGACAACACCAGGUCGGUCCGCAGGGUGCUGUUCGGCACACCUGACCCGGAGGAGACGCGGAAGCAAGCGGAGGCUCUGCGGCGGCAGUCCGUGGAGGCUUUUAGGGACACGUACAACUUCGACCCGGUGGAGGACAGGCCGCUCUCUCCGGGGCUCUACGACUGGCAGGAGGACGAAGACGCGCCGGAGUUUUACCGCAGGCCGCUCCGGGGGAGCCAGCCGCUCCGGGGCGAGGCAGGCGAAGGCAGCCCGGAGACGAGGAGGGAGAGGCGGUCGGCUCACACUAACGGUUCGCGGAAACGAUCUUCAGAAUCUGCAGGUCUUUGCUCUGACGAUUGCACGAGUAACGGCAAAAAGUCGCAUUCCGACAAAGACGACGAUGAAGAGCAGGCGCUCGGUGCAGGAAGCCAGACAGAGCAGGAGGAGGAGGAGGAGGUCCCAUGCUGAACGGUGCCAGAGCGCUGAGACCUGCCGCUGGAGGCUUCCUCACCGUCUGACAGGAGACGUGGAGAAAAACAAAGCAGCUUUAUCAGAAAGAAGGGAGGAGGAUCAGAAGGCUGCACAAGCACUGAAUAUGUACACUAUUGACUUUUGGCACUCAUAUUUUUUCUAUUAUAAAAUUGCCUCAAAAGCAGCAGACAAUGUAGCAGUGUGCAAAUUGAAUUUUGCUCAUAUUUUUUAUAUAUAUGUAUAACUAAAAAUAUCUAAAUAUAUAUAUAUAUCUACUACCUAUGUUUCAGAUGUAGCAAAUAAUUGGUUUUCAUACCUUUUUUUGUGUAAAUGUGUGUAUGCGUGAGUUUGACUCAGGGAGUUGCAGUGCAAUUCCCAUCAGAGAAAUUUGAAAGUUAUUUAGUAUAAAACAAAAAUGCUAAUUUGUGUCAUUAUUCAGGUAUUUCAUGUAAGUUUUUCUUAUUAUUAAUAUUAUUCGAGAGAGAGAGAAAAAUGCAGAUUUUAAACAUCAGGGUCACAUGGAAGCAAAAAUGUUCACUUUUUCUACAGUGUUGACGUUGAAGGCCCCACCUGGUCCACACUGUGUAAGACGAGGAUCCAUGAAACUGGGAACAGCCACAAUAGAUAAAGUUUACAGUCUUCUUAGUUUCCCUGUUUUUAUUUUCAUUUCAUUUUACUUUCCAAAUAGGAUCAGGUUUGGGAGGGAGGGGGGUUGAAUUUCUUAAAACUGCUGAGUAAUAUCCACCGUUUUCUUUUUCUUUUUCCUUUUCUUUUUUAAAGAAAUGUUAGCAAAUAAUCCUACCAAUUUUGUUUUGUAAAAUUCGGCGACUUUCUAUUUCAGUGACGUACUUGCUCCCCCCUCCGUAGGUAGGUGUGGUCCAGGGUAACAUAGAUGGAAAAAUAUGUUAAAACCACUGGGCUUUCUUCUUUAUGCAAAUAUGUGAAUCAAAGAAUGGUGUUUGUGGUGUGACAUUCAUGUGGAACAUGUAAUUAAUUGCACUAUUCAUUUCUCAUUUAAGUGAGGGCAGAAAUACAAAGUGACAUCCCCUCACUUUGUGUAAAACUUUGAAGUGUUUUUCUUUUUUCUUUUUUUUUAAACACUGUAAGGCUAUACUAACUUAUUUAUGUCUUCUUUUUUGUGGGUUAAUGUUUAGCUUUCCAAAGCAACAUUUUGUGCAUUCUUGUAAAUAUAUAUUUUCAUCUUUUUUUAAAUUUUUUUUUUUUUUUUUAAAGAUGAGUAAAUAAAAUUGCUAAACUGA